AUGGCUGACGUGCUGCCUCCUCCACUAUCCGAACUCAUGCGAAUGGUAGCUGAGCUACAACAAGCCAAUCAACGAAUGGCCGACGAGAACCAAAUAAUGGCUGCCCAAAUCGCUGAACUAAAUCAUGCUCGGAUUGAGCACAACGAUACUCACCGCCAGCAGGCAGAAGACGAGGAACAUCAGUCCCAACCCUCUCAUGUCUCGGAGACUGCCCGAUCCGAAGAACCCCAACCCGAAGAUGGAAAGGAAGAGGCCGACGACCUUGUAGGACCCUUCACAGAAGAAGUAAUGAACUUCGAAUUGCCAAAGAGGUUCACUCUGCCGCUGACCCUCACACCUUAUGAUGGACUCGGAGACCCAAGGAAGUUUCUCAAGAAGUUCCGAUCAAUAAUGAUCGUCAAUGGUGCAUCAGAUACAGUUUUAUGUCGUUGUUUUCUGAAUUAUUUAGACGGCCCUGCACUUGAUUGGUUGUGUGCUUUGCCUGCAGGUUCCAUUUCGCGGUUUCAGCAGUUGGCGAAGUUAUUUGAAGAGCAUUUCGCCGGGUCCGCAAUUUACUUGCACGACUCCGAUUACUUGAAUACUAUCAAGCAGGGACCAAAUGAAAGCUUGAAGGACUACAUGACCCGCUUCACCAAGGUCGCAAUCAGUAUACCAGACCUCCACCCCGAGGUCUAUCUACACGAAAUUAAAAGCGGCCUUCGACCCGGAAAGUUCCAGGAGACAAUCGCAGUAGCCAAGCCGAAGACUCUAGCAGAAUUUUGCGAGAAGGCAAAGGGACAAAUUGAUAUCGAGGAGCUCAGACAAGCUCAGAAGUCUGACAAGUCACAUUUCCGCGAAGACGAUAAGAGCUCAAGUACUAAGAAAAGUUUUAAACUAACACCUCGAUUUGAUUCUUAUACGCAGUUUAACACUAAGAGAGAAGACAUAAUCAAAGAGAUCUUGAAUUCAAAACUGAUCAAGCCACCAAGAAAAGCUGGUACCUACCAAGAUGCAAAGAACGUGGACAAAUCCAAGUACUGCGCUUUCUACCAGAACAACAGCCACAAUACUGAUGACUGCGUGGUCGCCAAAGACCUUUUAGAAUGGCUAGCAAGGCAAGGACACCUCGACAAAUACAUUGGGGGUCACAUCCAAAAGCGCGGCCCCAGCUCCACAACAAACGAGCUCUCCGAACAACAAAACUGA